CGUUGUUGUAACAAUAAGUUGGUAUCGCGGUAGCGAAGCGCGAGCACAAACGUAAAAUGUUUAUUGCCGUCCAGGCAUUUCGAUACUAGCAUUCGUAGGAAAUUGAAUGUAAAAACUAAAUGUUAAACCCAACCCGGUUAUAAAGUUUCAGAAUUAAUAUUGUAGCGAUGCAAAUUUAUGUGACAUAAAGUUAAUUUCAGACGGUUGGAUCAUAAACUCUUCGAAGACCACUUAAUUAGUACAAAUGGUAGUAGAAUGGCCAUUGGAGUUAUUAGCCGUGAGCCAUUAGUCAUUGGCCAUGAGCCAUCAGAGUUACGGUCAUUGGAGCCACACUAAGGAGGGCAGCCAUAAUAGUGCAACGCAGACAGAAAUAAAGGAACCAGGAACGUUGCCAGCCAGUGGGUGGCGAGGAGUUUAGACUAGAGUUUGGAGGCGUGCCAUAAUGACGCAAGAGUGACGAGGUGGUCACUUGGCCGAUCAAUGUUCGAAUGCCCACCAAUAGGAAAGAUGGGCGAGAGGACCGGACUGCGACUGCGAGGGGAAACACGUGUCCUCCGAAAAGGGCAUGGCCGCAUAUAAAAGGGGAAGGCCGGGAGAGUGAAAGGAAAAAGGAGAUGUAUGGGGAAGAUGUAUGGAAGAGUGAAGGGGGAGAGUGACUCGAGGGUAGUUGCUGAUGGAUGCUUCCUUUACUGCACACUCCAUUUCAAUCAUAACUGUGAUUCUCAGUGCUUCCAUUAUUCCCACAUGGCUGUAAGACCCGCAGUAGACAUCGACCCGACAAAGGAUGAAAAAACUGGCAAGGUGAGGGAGGUGGGAUCGCUGGCCGUUUGGUCGCUCUCAUCUUGUAAACCAGGAUUCGGCGUAGACCAACUGCGGGAUGACAAUUUGGACACUUACUGGCAGUCUGACGGACCACAGCCACACUUAGUGAAUAUCCAGUUUCGUCGCAAGAUGACCAUACAGGAUGUAGCGAUAUACGCUGACUAUAAGUCGGACGAGAGCUACACACCAAGCCGGAUUUCAGUGAGAAUUGGCAACCACUUCAAUGACUUGCAAGAAAUUGAGAUUGUCGAUUUGAACGAACCUACCGGUUGGGUUGUGAUUCCGCUAACAGAUGUGAGCGACAGACCUAUUCGCACGUUCAUGGUGCAGAUUGCUGUGCUGUCGAACCAUCAGAAUGGACGUGACACCCAUAUGAGGCAGAUAAAAAUUCACUCACCUGUCAAUGAUGGUUCUGUGUCAAAAUUUCCCAACUUCACCAGUCUUGAGUGCUCUCAGUUCACCUGUAUACGGUGACAGUUGACAUAUAAAAUGUGGCAUUACUGUACGUAUCUUUAAAACGUCAUGCAGCGAUUGCUAAAACAAACUGAUGACAGAAAGCAUUUCUUCUGGCAGUUAAAGCCAUGAUAUACUUGCAAUACAAGUCGAAUUACGCAGUAGUAUGUUUUAAUUAUCGACUCACAGAAGAUGUUUAUGCUUCUGUGUAUAAUUUCGUGGGAGCCUAACGAGGUGUUGUAAGAUUAUUGAUAUUGCAAAAGGAUUAAUUGAAUAAUAAAUCGUUCAAUGAAUUA